AUGGACGUAAACGAGCUACUAUUCCAGGCAGCUGUACAAACCAUUGAUGCGCUCAGCUUCACACAGAGCCACGUCGUCGACUCGGACUUCCGCGCACACAGCAAGGCCACCAUCGAUUCGGUGCGCUCGCUGCAGCGCGAGCAGCGCAACCGCAUCGAGCAGAUGUACGGCCCGCGGGUCGCGUCGUCCGACGCACUCGCGGCGCAGCUCGGGGCGGCGUACCGUGGUGAGACAGCCUCACUCGAUCUCGCGAGGGACGCCGACAACCACGACGCGCCGGUGGCGGUGACGUCGACGAUGACGCAAAGCCAGUGUCAGGCCUUCAAGAAGGAGCUGAAGCAGCGCAUCCACGAGUGGGAGCGCGCCUUUCGUGAGGAGCGCGGCGCCGCCGUGACGGCGCACGACAAGGCGUCGUUGCGGCACAUCUACGAACUGUACAAGGCGGCGAAGAACCGUCUGCGCGGGAGCGAGUCGCCGCCCAACGGUGGCGUAGACGGCAACGGGAAGGACGCAGAGGGCACGCACUUGCAUCAACAGCGGCAGCAGCCAUCCAUCAACGGUGAGUCGACGCACGGUGAUAAGAGUGCGGCAUCGGUGCUGCAGCCGCCGUCUGUCUCUACCACUCAACUUGACGCCCCGAGCGGCGGGGUGUUUACUCUGCCGGCGUCCAUGGUGUCCUCUGAGAGUGUGCCGCGGCAGUCGGUGGGUACUUUACUCAGCAAGGGCCCGGCGGUGGGCCAGAUGCCGAACGAGGAGCUCGCGGCGGAGAAACGCUACCUGAAGCGCAUCCUGCACCACUUUGAGAGUGAGUUUGAGCAACACAAUGGGCACGUCCCAACGAAGCAAGACAGACGGGCCUUCACCCGUGAGUACACCCGCUACGGCGAGCUGAAAAAUGAAAUACAACGACGGUCAUCUUCAACAAACCAAAAAAGCACGACCACUGUCACUGGGGAGCUCCUCGGUGCCUCCGUUGCUUCUGCUCCUGCCGCCACCAGUGAUCUACUCGGUGAAGGCACCUAG